GUUUUACAGAAUCUUCAUACGUGAAAAAAAAUCUGCUUGAGCAUUUCAUAGAAACUUCGCACAGGAUUGGAGUCGGAGGAAGACGACGAAUCAACAAGAGCGCGCCAAAUCCUGGCACUGCCAGGGCGGCGCAGCGGCACUGCAGCCUCAGGGCCCCUCUGUCGAUCCUGGGGAAAAGGUGGAGGCUACUGAGCCACGGUGCAAUCCGCUGAGGUUCAGAGAUAGAGCCAAAGAGAGGCAGGGCUUGCAAGUUUACGGCAGCAUAUAAGGCCGGUCGACCGCCAACCAUCUUUAGGGUUCUACAGUGCAUUCCCCUGCUGCAGAGAUGCCUUUCGAGAUCCUGGUCGCGGGGGCGGAGCUUGCUGAAGUGGGAUGGAACGCGUACCAGCACAGGCAAGAGCACGUUCACACCAUGGAGCAUGAGGACGCCACCACAGAGCGGGAGUUGACGUACAUCAAGCACGAGAAUGCACGGUUGCAAGCCACGGUUGAGGAGUAUAAGAAGGCGUUAGAAGAGCUGCAAGGACGCACGGAAAGCACUGAGAGGUUGAAGCACGCUCUCAGCACACGGGAGGGCACAUUAGGGGUGUUUGAGCAGAUCCAGAAGCGUGUGGACUCCCCCGAGUUUCUUGAGAAACUUGUUCGCACGGCCGAUGCGGGGGCAGAGUCAACGAAAAGCACGGUCGUCCAUACAAAAGACGGGGUCUCAGUACAAGUCGAUGUGAACGACCCCUCCUGGUGGGAGUUGGUGACGGAGCAAGACACGUACGGGGGCCCCCCAAAGGAGGACCUCGAGCAUAGCCUGGACGGGGAGGCUUACGUCAUCGUCGACCAGGAUGACGUCAUCAACGGCAUCGCCGAUUUCGUGGCGCACUACCUCAUCACGCUGCCGCAGACGGAGGGCAUGCCGCCCAAGGAGCUCCAACAACUGCUAUCCCAGGCGUUCACGGAGUUGCGCAAGAAGAACAGCUACCGGAGACUGUGGGACUGGGGCCGCUUCCUGUACAACACGGCGUGCUGGGCUACCACUGCGUUCGGAAUCUACCGCAACCCAAUUGUUGUGCGCGCUGCCGUUGUUGGAAUGUGGACGGCGUCGAGGAUAAUCCUGGGCUUCUUCCGGUAACCAAGGCAAAAGAGGAAGCUUGCGGACUUGGAUGACUACCAAAAGCUGUGUGGGUUGACACGUUAUUCACGUCCUUAAUCUUGGACAGCUUGUUUGUACACGAGAGAACAUUCGUCAUUGGGUCGUGCUCUGGCCCGAUUGUGGAAGUCAGCUUGUCUAGAAGCGAGAAAGUAUAUAGAACAGGUAUCAGGAAUGCUAGGGCAGCGGGUUAAUACUGCAGAGAAUGCAGAACGCAGAUCCUGCCCGAGGUUAAUGCUCAGCAGACACCGCGAGCAGUGUACAUAAACAGGUCGCCUGUAUUUUUAACUAAUCAGUCUGGUUUUUGUACGGAGCUUGUGCAGUUCAACCGAGGGGUUUGGACUCAAU